AUGGCGAUUCAUACUAGCCCAGCAUUCAACUCCCUUCACAGCACGAAAGGAGCAAUCAUGAAAAUCCGAUUGCUGACGCUAUGGAUCGCCCGUAGCCCACAGCGCUGCCAAGAUUGGAAAGAAGUAUCACCGAACAAAAAAGUCAGUUAUGACGUUGAUACCCGAUGGAACUCGACGUAUAUCAUGAUUCAAGAUGCCCUUCGGCUACAAACUGAGCUGGGACAGUUCGUGCGGAUACAUCCAGAAGUUCAGGCCCUCCAGCUUAUCGAUGACGAAUGGUCGACACUUCAGCAAGUAGCCAAGAUUCUGAAGCCGUUCUGGGACCACACAAACUCCGUUUCAAAGGCAUGCCCAACAAUUGUGGAAAGCCUACCGAUUUACUGGAGCUUGGAUGACUUGUUAAAUGACGUUCGAAAUGCGGAGGGAGAUUUUGAAGAUGUGAACAUUGAAAUUCGCAAUGCGGUGGAAAGAGGGAUUCGGAAGAUGAACAAGUUCGCUAGAAAAAUGGACGACAACCUUCUUUACUAUGUGGCUUCCGUGCUAGAUCCGCGCAUCAAGUCGUCUUUGAUUGUGUCUCAAAUGAGCGAGCAAGAUUCGGGGCUUAUUGUCUCUCAACCAUUCGUGUCGCGUGAAGUUGACCAUCUACGUCCACCUGGGAUGUCAGAAACAAUGUGGAAGACUCUGCGCAAAGUCCAGCCAUCCAAAGAGGUCUCUUUGUCGGAUAUUGAUAAAUAUUUGGAUUCCCCGCCGGUCAACUGGUCCCAUCAUAUGAUCGGCGAUGCAGACGCAGAAUGGGUCCUAAAGUGGUGGAAGGCUAACGCGUUUAAUUUCCCACUGAUGGCAAAAGCCGCUCGCGAUUAUCUACCCAUCCCUUCAGCAGAGGUCGGGAUUGAACGCGAGUUCAGCAAUGCUCGAGAUGUUUUGGGCCUCCGAAGGCACCGUCUGAACGCGGAGACUAUGCGAUGGCUGAUGCUAUUGAGAGGAAAGUCUCAGGCAUAG